AUGCCGAAAAAUGAGUACCCAUUCGGGGCAAAUAUUAAUAUCACAAAAUUAACCAGUGCGAAUCCGAGUACUACUACAACUCCAAAUCCAAUUCCUACGGCUACUCCUAACGUGACUCCUACUCCUAGUGUGACUCCUACACCUUGUGUCACUCCUAUUGAUCUUGCAUCCCUUGAACGUGAUCGCGGGUUACGUCGUCCGAUUUGGAAGUAUCCGCCUAAUGUACAAGAUGACAUUAGACUUGAAUACAAUAGAUUGGGACCAUGUCAACUUCAAUUGAGGAAAGAGCAAUAUCCACCAACUCAAUUUGGAAGUCAACGUCUUCGAUUUCAAGUAUCUUGGGUUAACACAUUCCCUUGGCUAGAGUAUUCGAUUUCCAAAGAUGCAGCGUUUCGUUUUCCAUGUUUCUUGUUUCAAAAAUAUGCAUCUAGUCAAGUAGCAUUUACUAUUGAUGGAAUUAGGUGUUGGAAAAGGGUGAAUGAUAAUAACAAAUGUUCUUUCUUGGUACACGUUGGAACUCCUAAUUUAACACAUGGAAAGACAAUCAAAUCUCUUGAAAGGUUGCAGAAUGUUACAAGACAUAUUGACAAGGUCGUAAAUUUUCAACCUUCGGAAGAGGUAAAGAAAAAUAGAUUGAGAUUAGGAACUACUAUAGAGUCUAUUUUAUGGAUAACUUUGCAAGCAUGUGCAAUACGAGGUCAUGAUGAAUCAUCAACUUCUCACAACAGAGGUAAUCUUAUUCAGAUGAUUAAACUUAUGGGAAGAAUAUAUGUUGAUAUUUUAAAUGUUGUUUUGGAAAAUGCACCAAAGAAUGCUAUGUACAUUGCUCCAACAAUACAAAAAGAUAUUUUGCAUAUCCUUGCUUCUAAAGUAAGAAAGAAAAUUUGUGAUGAGAUAGGAGGAUCUAAGUUUUGCGUUUUAGUUGAUGAAGCAAUAGAUGCAUCACGUAAAAAACAAAUGGCUAUCGUGCUUAGGUUUGUUGAUGUUCAUGGCGUCAUAUGUGAAUGA